UUGAAGGUCCCUACGACCAAUAGGUGGACGAGGUAUAUAAGCUGUAUAUGUGGACCGAGAAGAUCAGUCAGAAGGUUCUUGAGGCCGUAACAGACGCAUUCAAAAGUUUAUCAAUUCAUCAUGUUCAAGUUGAUCGUUCUUGCUGCUUUUGUUGCCGUGGCAACUGCUAAACCCAGCUAUGUUAUUCCAACGAGCUCUUUGGUCCAGGAAAAAAUAAUUGAAUCCCAUGGAAAUACUGUCGUCCACGGCAAUACGAAAGUUGUUCAACCAUCUUUACCCCUUGUAUACACAGGAGUACAUGCAGUGCAUGCAGCUCCUCUAAUAGAAACUCAGUACAUUCAACCAGUCAAGACCAUCUACCAACCAGCCGUAUCAACUCUUGUUUCUGAAAAAACUGUUUCAAACCAUGGCCACAGCAUUGUUCACGACGCACCCCUUCUUCAAACUGUUCACACCGCAUACGCCUCAAAUUUACACUUCCUUUAAAUCUUCAACAGCUGAUUCAAAUUUUUGAUAGUUUUUAGCAUGAUAAAUUUUGUAGUUUAAUGAAAAGUCUGAAGAAGUAUCGUUACUUUGCAAAUUUAUCAUGUUAUCACUUUCAAAUUUUAUACUCGACAGUCUCAUGAGCCUCUGAGAGGUCGUUAAUGUUUUUUUGCGUUUGUUGAGACCUGAUGACACUUUUAAUAUUUGUAAAUUUUCUAUUUUGUUUUCGAUGCAAUAAAAUAUUUUUUAUUUCUAAUUAA